GGGGAGCGGACAGUCUGGUGCUGAAUGGGCGCGAGCGCUGCGCCGGGGGCGGGCGGGGGCGCGGGGCCCUGGACUGGAGGCCGGCCGGCGCCCCCUCCCUAGCAUGCGGACGAAGGCGGCCGGCGGCGCGGAGCGGCGUCCCCUGCAGCUGCGAACGGAGGCGGCGGCGGCGGCGGCACCUGCCGGCCGAGCAAUGCCCAGUGAGUAUAACUGUGUGAAACUGAGGAGUGAUUGCUCAAGACCCUCUCUGCAAUGGUACACCCGAGCUCAAAACAAGAUGAGAAGACCCAACCUGUUGUUAAAAGACAUCCUCAAGUGUAUAUUGCUUGUGUUUGGCGUGUGGAUCCUUUAUAUCCUCAAGUUAAAUUAUACUACCGAAGAAUGUGACAUGAAAAGAAGGCAUUACGUAGACCCGGACCGUGUAAAGCUAAAAACCACAUAUCACCCUGAGGACUGCAUUUUUUGCUGUGUAGUUAAUUAUGGCCAAAUGUGCUUCUCUCUGACUCUGCAGACCUGCGCUCACAUAGCUAAGAGAGCUCAGAAAUAUGCUCAGCAAGUCUUGCAGAAGGAAUGCCGACCGAAGUUUGCGAAGAAGUCCAUGGCGCAGUUGUUUGAGCACAGGUACAGCAUGGACUUACCACCUUUCGUGAAGGAGGCCCCCAAAGUGAAUGAAGCCGAGUACAAGUACGAUCCUCCUUUUGGAUUCCGGAGGUUCUCCAGCCAAGUCCAGAGCCUCUUGGAGAUAUUGCCUGAGCACGACAUGCCUGAACACUUAAAAGCAAAGAGCUGUAGGCGUUGUGUGGUUAUCGGAAGCGGCGGGAUACUGCACGGACUAGCACUGGGCCAUGCCCUGAACCAGUUUGAUGUUGUGAUAAGGUUAAACAGUGCACCAGUUGAGGGAUAUUCAGAGCAUGUUGGUAAUAAAACUACCAUAAGGAUGACUUACCCAGAGGGUGCGCCACUGUCUGACCUUGACUAUUAUUCCCAUGACUUGUUUGUUGCUGUUUUAUUUAAGAGUGUUGACUUCAACUGGCUUCAAGCAAUGGUGAAAAAUGAAACCCUGCCAUUUUGGGUGCGACUCUUCUUUUGGAAGCAGGUGGCGGAAAAAAUCCCACUACAGCCAAAACAUUUCAGGAUUUUGAAUCCAGUUAUUAUCAAAGAGACUGCCUUUGACAUCCUUCAGUACUCAGAGCCCCAGUCAAGGUUCUGGGGCCGAGAUAAGAACGUCCCCACCAUUGGUGUAAUUGCUGUUGUCUUAGCCACACAUCUGUGUGAUGAAGUCAGUUUGGCAGGCUUUGGAUAUGACCUCAAUCAACCCAAAACACCUUUGCACUACUUUGACAAUCUCUGCAUGGCUGCCAUGAACUUUCAGACCAUGCAUAAUGUGACAACAGAGACCAGGUUCCUCCUAAAGCUGGUCAAAGAGGGCGUGGUGAAGGACCUCAGCGGAGGCAUCCAUUGUGAAUUCUGAACACAGAGAAACCUCACUUGAAAAUGCAGCUCUGACUCUGAAGGCUGUUUUUCCUAGCCUUCUUGAUCCAUUUCAUCCUGCAAAUACUUUGAAGUGCAGCUGGUGUUUUUAACUUUUAAUUUAAAAAAAAAAAAAAAAAGUUUAGCUCUUCCCAUUUUGCCCCCCCCCCCACCUAUUUAUUUGAGGUCAGUGUUUUUGCACAAACUUUUGUAAGUUAAUUUUGAGAAUUGAAUGGGAAAGACUUUUCAAAGAGACUUGUAUGUAAUGAUGUUUUAUUGAAUUUUAAGAACGUUAUUUAAUUUGUAAAAACUCUGUCCAUGUCUACUGCACACAGAAUACCAGGUAAUUAAGUGGAAGGAGAAUGGAGGUCACUCCUUUGAUGAGAGUCCUGAAUGCCUGAUUCUGGUUCCUUGUUACUGUUUGGUAGGACAGAUGUCGGGGGCACUUCCAGGAUGAUGUGCUCAGUAGCUAAACCACUAGUCCUGGUUUGGCCAUGCUGCUGCGUGAGGCCUGGGCCAGUUGGAGAAGUUCACGGUCGCUUUCUGUUGUCGGGUCUGCCUUCUGUCAGAAGACUUGCAGGAAACAACCAGGGGAAACAACGUCCGUGGUCGGGGAGGGACACAGAAGACAUUUUCUAGGUCUCCUGCAUUCUCUGAAGCCACCUUAGGGAACAGAAGCCACCGCCUUCCCUGAAAUGAUGACAACUCUUGAAUUUCUUGAGGCUUUUUUUUUUUUACUGCCCUUCCCAAGCACUUCAGCGUUAACCUGAGGUGUCCCACUGUCUGCCUGAGGUGGCUUAUCAAAAUUAGGGUAUAAUCUUUGUUAUCCAGAGUUAUAGAAGAAUAAACCCUUUCCAAGAAUAAUCAUGUCUUCUGAAACACUAAAAUAAAUUGCCUAUUUAAAAAAAAAUUGGGGGGGGGGACGCCUGCACGGCUCAGUUAAGUGUCCGACUCUUGAUGCCCACAGGUUCGUGAGAUCAAGCCCCACUUGGGAUUCUCUCCCCCCACUCUCUGCCCCUCCCCUGCUCACACUCCCACUCUCUGUCUCAAAGAAAACAUCAACUUAAAAAAAUUUUUUGUCAUGCCUACCUGGCAGUGUGUUCCAGAUAGUGUGCUAAAAAUUUUUAAAAAGAAUUAAAAAAGAAGCUUUUGAGGAGCUCCCACAGUCUACUUAAUUUGAGUCUCAAAAAAAAAAAAAAUGUCUGUAAUCUGCCUGAAAUGUCCUUGGUGGCUGCCAGGUGGGGACCUCAGUGUGGGAUGCUGUCAGUGAGUGACAGAGGGACUGCAUCCCAUACAGCACAGGGACUGCCGGAGAGAUGUUGAGUGGUGAGGGGCGGUGGCUUCCUCCCAGAGAACAGGCUCAUUCCAGCUUCUGUCUGUUAAUUGGUCCUGUCCUUGUCAUCAGAAGAUCUGCAUCUAGUGUGCUCCCUCCCUGCCACAUCUGGGUUCUCAUUUCUCCUCGUGCUCCCGCAGCCCAGCCCCUCUGUAUCUUUGCAUCUGCUGCAUCCCGACCGCGUGCAGGGGGAGGGGCCAGUCCUAACAGACAGGCACCCUUGGAUUUCCAGGGCCCUGGGGUCAAGCUUGGAGCCGGCAGCAUAGCAAAAUAGUAACUCUCUGGGUGGGAGACUGAAAAUUUUUUAUGGGUUUUGCUUUCUAUUUUAUCAAAUACUGUUUAAGAGGAACUGCUUUGAAAUUUUCACCAGCUAAAUGACUUAGCUUUGAAAAUUGAGACUCGGGAAGAUGGUCCACGGCUGUCCUGUGUGACCCAGGUAAGGCCAGGCCUAUACCACCCAUCUCCAGCCCCUCAUCCUCCAGGGGCUACUUGAAGCCUCAAUUUUUUUUUUUUUUUUUAACAAUUUAACAAAAGCCAGAGUUUGGAACCUCCUUAGACACCUUUCCCAGCGUUGUGAGCACUUGCACACGGGCCCCUGUGGAUUCGUGUCCCACGGCCCUGCAAGGCUGCUGGGAGGUGUGUAGUUCCACGCCCAGCACUUGGCCAGCGUUCGACCACUGUCAGGCCUGGCCCCCUCCCCACCCCUCCCCUGGAUGUCCUUUUUGUGUCCUUACAUUGCUUUACCUGUGCCUCCUGCAUUUUAAUUACUGGCAGAGGGUAAGUGCCCUGAGUGAAUAAAAAGGCAUGAUUUUUUCAAAGAC